AUGGCAAAGAAUAGUCAACAAACAAACGAAGGUCAAGAAAGAAUUGUUAGUGAUAUGGGAGAAGAAACGGAAGAGAUAGAGACAGAGGAUGAAGGUUCAUCUGAUGAAACAAACAAUGAGAAUGAAGGGAAUGAAGCUGAAAAUUCAGAAGAACCGGGGUCUAAAAUCCAUCCCGAUUUUACCGAGGAAUUACAAAAAGAGUGGGAAGAUAGAGGGUUUAAUUACGAAAGUUGUAAAGGUAAACAACUAAUUCCUAAACAAGUAAGGGGUAAUGAACAACAAUUGAGAGAAGAAUAUAAUAACACUUUUAUAAGUGCCCAAGAAUGGUUAGAAAACAAUUAUCCUGAUAAGAAAACACAAAAAAUAUACCUAAACCAACAACUAGAAGGAGUUUUGGAUUGUUCGGGGUAUAAAGGCUUAUACCAAAUAUUCAUUUCUAACCAAGUAGAUAGUAGUAGAUUAGAGAUAAAAGGAGGUUCUUGCUAUGAAGAAGAAACCAAAAUUAUCCCUUGUAUUCCUGCCCAAACUUGGUUAGACAAAAAUUGUCCUAAAAACGGGACUUGUAUAAUAGAAAAAGAUGAAUAUGGUGAAAAAUAUGAUAACUUUGGCAAAACUAGGGGAGAAAUAGAAAAGUUAGAUAUAGGAGGACAAGCCAAAGAAAACGAGGAGGAGUUUAGGGAUUUAAGUGAUAAAUAUGAAUAUUUUGGAACUUGCCCUGAAUGUCAGCAACCUAAUGCUAGUGGAGAACACAUUGCUAAUGGUGGUUUUGGUAAAGUAGAGAAAGCACGAUUAAGGGGAGGAACAAUUGUAGGGGAUAAGGAGGGUAAUUAUAUCAUGGUGAUGGAGUUUAUGAAUGAGGGAAAUUUAAGAGAGUAUUUAAAGAAGAAUUAUCAGAAAUUAGAUUUUAAAGAUGAUUAUAAAUGUCCCAAACUCUACUUCCUCCAACAAAUCACCCAAGGACUAAAAGAUAUUCAUCGUAAGAAAUUAGUCCAUCGUGAUUUCCAUAGUGGGAAUAUUAUUAUUGAUGAGGAAAAUAAAGGUAGUGAAUAUGAGACGAUUACCUAUGGUGAGCCAAAUAAUAGACCAGACAUGAUAGAAAAGCCAAAAACUACAACCAAACCUUACCCAAUGAAAUCAAAUACCCCUCUUACCAAUCUAAUGAAGUCUGACACAAUGCUUUUCCUAAUCGGACAAGAAUUUAAUGAAAUAGGAACCCAAACUGAUGAUAAUGAUACUUCCAAGAAGUAG